UGCAACUAACAGUUACUAACUACUUCCAACUUAAGCUACUCAAACUAUUUCGUGCUCAUGCUUGAAACUGAACAUUUGGACUUGUAAAGUGCGCGCGGCACAGCAGAAUAAGCUACGUCCUGAUCUCGUAGCUCCGUGGCACAGUAGGAUAAGCUUGACCUAUCUCCUAGCAUCGCCCUGGUAUUUCGCACAUCCAACCAUCCCGGAGCAGAGCAAAGGCCUUAGCGCAACGGUUGCUUUAAUCGUCGAGGAUGUCCCUCAUCUUCACUCUCACCCAACAUUCUCUCUCCCAGUCUUUCUCUAUUAUCCUUACAUACACAUCAUACAGUCACACGCAUACACACACAUAAUACGCAAACACACGCACUUGCAUAGAACUCCAAGGGCAAUUGCCAUGCAAUCAAAGUAAACUAUCCAGAUCUUAUCUCAAUCUUCUUCUCUUCUUCUUCUUCUUAACCAUGUUCGGAAACAAAAAGCAAGCUGGUCCGGUCCUUGUGCCGACGGACACGGUCCAGCCACUAAAUAUCCUCGAUGGCUCCUUGAUCAACAAGACCUUUGUUAUGAACUCGCUCUACGUAUUUGACGAUGUGCUCGACCCCGAGAAGCUCCGGAGCAGUCUCGAGCGCCUGGUCCACCGCGAAGGAUACCGGAAACUGGGUGCCAGACUGAGGAAGAAUUCCCAAGGCGGCUUCGAGCACCACAUCCCCGCCACCUUCAGCGCGGAGCGCCCCGCCAUCGCCUACACGCACGAGAAGCACGACGCGGCGUGCGCGGACCACCCGAUCGGCUCCCAGCUGCCGCAGCCCACCCAGGACCGGCCGUCGCUCGUGUGCAACCCAGCGGAGCUGGCCGCGCUGUUCCGGGGCGCGGACGGGCCGUUGAAGAUGGACGACUACCUCAGCAGCGACCGGCCGCAGGUGAGCCUGCACGUCGUCUCCUUCGCGGACAAGACGGUCGUCGUGCUGUACUGGCCGCACUCGGUCUUCGACGCGAUGGGGAUGAAGGUGAUGUUCGACGCGUGGACGCUCGUGCUGCAGGGGCGCGAGGCCGAGGUGCGCCCGCCGCACGGCUGGGACCACGACGCCCUGGCCGAGUUCGGCGCCGCGCCCAAGGAGCCGCACGUCCUCGCCGCCAAGCUGAUGACGCCCGGGAAGCUGGUCAUGUAUGGGCUGAAGAACGUGCUCGACCUCGCGUGGCGCAGCAAGGAGAACCGCAUGGCGUGCAUCCCCGGCGCGUUCCUGGAGAAGCUGCGCGCGCAGGCGCUCGAGGAGCUGGCCGCGGAGGCGGCGGAGGAAGGGAAGGAGGGAGAGAAGCCGUGGGUCAGCGAGGGCGAUGUGCUGGCGGCUUGGUGGCUCCGGCUCGCGGUUUCGCAUAUUCCGCGGGACUCGACGAGAAACGUCGUUGUCCAAAACGCCUUCUCGAUGCGCUCCGCAAUGGAGGGCGACCUGAUACCCAAGGGCAGCAAGUACCUCGCGAACUGCGUCGGCUUCAUCAACGUGCUGCUCCCCGCCAAAGACAUCCACCAAAAGUCGCUCGGGUACGUCGCCUCGCAGUUCCGGCGCGCGAUCGUCGAGCAAGGGACACGGGAGCAAGUCGAAGCCUACGGCGGGCUUUUGCGACAAUCCAAAAUGGGGGCGCCGCCCUUCUUCGGCGACGGCUCGAACCACCUCGUCAGCUUCUCGAACUGGACCAAGGCGGGGCUUUUCAACGUCGACUUGGCGGCGGCGGCAGUGACGCCGCGCGACACGCCGUGCACGCCGUCGUACAUCCAGAGCGUGGAGCUGCCGUACGAGUUCACGGAGGGCUUCCAGAUAGUGGGCCGGGACGCGCGGGGCAAUUACUGGUUCUGUGGGAAUAGGGUCAAGGGGAACUGGGGCAAGGCGGAGGCGAUGAUGAUGGCUUGAAGAGCAGCCAACACCUGGGAGGCUGUGCUGACUGGCUGGAGCUCAUAUUACAAUUACCCAAAAAGGCCCCCGCAGGCGCAUGCGCGUGCGCAUUGGUCCUUCAUUCAGAUUUGAUGUUGUAGAUAUUAUUAUUGUUAUUAUUAUUACUUAGAGCUUUGUAUGUAUUUAGUAGAUUAAUUCUAAUUUGAUACCAUUGACAUUUGA